AUGGAGGAUUCAGAGAAAAGAAGGGAAAGAUUGGAAUUAAUGCGCGCAAUAGCUGCACAGGCUGAAACUUCUAAUAAUGGUGAAACUUCUGAUGUGCAAGGUUUGCUUGCUAAUCCGCUUCUUGAGAGCCCUGCAAAUCUGGCAAGGGAGGAAUCUAGUGCGACUCCAAGGUUUGAUUUUUAUACAGACCCUUCAGCAGCAUUUUCUGCUAACCGAAAGAGGAGUGCUACUGGUAACCAGGUUGCACGAGAAAUCAAAGUAACUCUUGGCUGCCUGCAGCUCAAGGGGCAUUCAAUUGAAUGUGGCCAAAAGCCGCUUUGCGAAGGAGGUCAAAUGAACCCUGAAGUGACUCCCUCUCGUGCUUAUCAAAUGCAAAACAAUUAUUCACCUGCGAAUCAAAUGCAAAGCAAUUAUUCACCCAACCAGAGAAUGUAUAGAGGGCGAGGUCCAUAUCACAAUACUGCUUCCUAUAGAAGCCCAAGAGGUUUUGCUAGUCCUUUUCCCAUGAAUCAAGGACCUCCUACUGAAAUGUGGAGUGGAUCAGAUGGCCCAACAAGCUAUUAUAGCUCUGCUCCUCACAUAGGACUCUCCAGUCCAUAUCCCAUUCGUCAAGGGAAUCCUGGCUCUGGACUGGUAGGGAGCAGUCCAUCCCCCGUUUCAGGUUAUCGAGGGAGUCCAGCUAGUUCAGGGAGAGGCCAGGAGCACUGGCAUAGCAAUUCAGGUUUUGGAUGGAGUGGUGGAAGAGGACAAGGUUUUCGUUCUCGUGGCUUUGCACCAAAUGAAACACUGGGGCCAGAUUGUUUUUAUGACAACUCGAUGGUUGAAGACCCAUGGCAGCAUCUAGAACCUGUUUUGUGGAGGGGACUAGAUGAUCUGGGGAAUAAUUUGAAUGGAUCUGGCCCUUCAAAUUCCUGGCUUCCAAAAUCUAUUAGCAUGAAGAAACCAAGAGUUUCUGAGUCUUCUACAAAGUCCACUUCUGGACAAAGCCUUGCUGAAUACCUUGCUGCCUCAUUCAAUGAAGCGGCCAAUAAUGCAUCCAGUGGAUGA